AUGGCGCCCCAUGGCUCAUUGCCUGAGAUUUUAAUGCGAUUCUAUCCUGUGAUGAAAAGAAGGGCGGUCUUAGGCGAGGGAGGUUUAUGUAACCUUUACCAAGAAAAACAAAAGCUUAAAAAAUAUCUUGCCAACAUCCAAGCUAUGUUCGACCAUAAUAGCUCUGCUCACCUUCUCGAUAAGGAGCUGAAAGUUAGAACAAAAUUAGAGGACAUUCUGGACCAUGAGGAAUUGCUUUGGCAACAAAAGUCUAGAGCUACUUGGGUCAAAGACAGGGAUCGAAAUACCAAAUACUUCCACUCCCGAGCAAUGACCCGUCCAAAAUCAAAUCGAAUACAAGGGAUGAAACUUAGCAGUGGUGACUGGUGCUUCGAAGAUGAGGUCCUUCGUAAUGAAGCUAUUCUCUUUUUCUCCUUGUAUUGGGGUAAUAGGGUCGUACAGGUCAGUUCCCAAUCAGAGAAAUUUCUACGGCUAUCCAAUUCCGAUCUCCAGUGCCUCGAUGCCGUUAUUUCCAAUGAUGAAAUAAAGCAAGAACUUUUCAAUAUGAGCCCUCUCAAAGCUUCAGGGAUCGAUGGUCUCCACGCUCUUUUCUUUCAGAGCCAAUGGGCGACCGUAGACAACAAGAUGGUUGUAAUUUUGGAGAAUCAUGAAGAUGAUGAUGUUGAAAGAGAAGAUUCUCAAAACUGA